GGCGGUGCGCGUGGGUCAGGAUAGGUUUCUCACAAUUAAAGAAGAAUUUGUUUGUGUUUCGUUGACACGUCCAAUUCUCGAGGAGGACAUAUUAGGCCUACGUCAGGUAAAGGGGAGCAUUAGCACCCCUAUCCCAGCGAUGCUAUUCCAUAAUCUCUCCGGGAGCGAGAUGCAGGGGGUCAUCGAUGAAAUGGACCGGAGAACGAAGAGCGAUACCACUGCAAUCAGUUCAGCCAUAGACAUGGGAGAAACUGACUCGAAUGGGACCUCUAUCAACUGCGACCGUGUUUCACUCUGCGCAGGCUGCGGGGAGAAGAUUUUGGACCGCUACUACUUGCUAGCGGUGGACAAACAGUGGCACAUGCGAUGUCUGAAGUGCUGCGAGUGCAAACUGAACCUAGAGUCUGAGCUGACCUGUUUCAGUAAAGAUGGGGGCAUAUAUUGCAAAGACGAUUACUAUAGGAGGUUUUCGGUCCAGAGAUGCGCCCGAUGUCAUCUCGGAAUUUCGGCGUCAGAGAUGGUUAUGCGGGCGAAAGACCUGGUAUACCACUUAAACUGUUUCACAUGCACCUCCUGCCACAAAAUCCUUACGACCGGAGACCACUUCGGGAUGCGGGACAGUCUUGUAUACUGCCAUCUCCACUUUGAAACAAUAAUACAAGGGGAAUAUCAAGCUAAUGUGAAUUGCGGGGAUGAAGCCUCGGGCAAAGAAUUUGGUGCCAGCACUGCAAACUCGCUGGGAAUACCAUACUAUAACAGCGUCGGGACGGUGCUUAAAGGGAGACCCAGAAAGAGGAAAAGUCCCGGACCUGGAGCUGAUUUGGCAGCUUAUAACGCAGUGUUGAGCUGUAAUGAGAACGAAGGAGACCCCUUGGACCGCAACUCGCACUACUCAUCCAGCCAGAAGUCAAAGCGCAUGCGAACCUCCUUCAAACACCACCAGCUGAGAACUAUGAAGUCAUACUUCGCUAUCAACCACAACCCUGAUGCCAAGGACCUCAAGCAGCUGGCACAGAAGACAGGGCUCACCAAACGGGUCCUGCAGGUUUGGUUCCAGAAUGCCCGUGCUAAGUUCAGACGGAACCUCCUACGCCAGGAGAGCACAGGAGGGGACAUGGCAUCAGGUGAUUCCACUCUGUUGGAGGGAUCGCCCUCUGGACCCCCAUCUGAGCUCUCCAAUGCCUCCAUGAGCAGAUCUAGUACCCCGACAACCCUGAUGGAUCUGACCAGCCCCUCUAUACCCUCAGUGAAUCCCAUACUGACUGCUGUUAGAGGGGUCAUGGACACUCAUGACUCAAUGAGCCCCUCUCAAACAACUCUUACCAGCCUUUUCUGACGUCACACUCCGCACCCCUCUCCUCCCCUUCAUCAGCUCUCUCAGAUACCAAGAGAUGGCAAAGGAAGAUUUGAGACUUAACAUCCUCCCACUGAACGAUAGGUUUCUCAUAUCAGUUUUAACAUCUUCUAAUAGUGAAAUCUAAAGCUUCACGAUGCAGUCAUGGGAUUUCCAAUAGCUGAAUAAAUUUGUUCCCAAUUUUGUGUGAUACCAACUCGCACUUCCCCUGCCCUCACUAUUCUUUGUCAAACUAGACUUAUGAAUAGCCCUGAGAAGGCUAAUUCAACUGAAACUCCAAAGACUAAGAAUGUUGGAGAAUAGUGGCACUGCAGAUGCAAAGCAAAGCAACACGUUUUUCCAGAAAAUGGUGUGCCUUAUACAUUUUACAUCCAUUAAGAAUCCCUGUUGUCACAAAUCUGAUAGGCUUCUAUCAUAGGUUACACAUUUCUAUAAUCUUAUUUAGGGCCUAAAUACUUAUAUUUUUGUCUACAAUAGAAAACUGGUCUAGUACAAUGCACUACAAGGACAAUUUAUGAAUAAUUAAUGGUAAAAAUCUGCAGGUGUAUAAGCUUGUUGGUAGAAGUGUGUUAAAUGCACAUUUGGGAAAUUGUUUCAAAUUACUUCCAUUACUGCAGUUAUUUCAGUUAACAACAUCUUACAUCUUUGACAUGUUGAAUAAGUUUGCAAUCCCAAUUUGAAUAUCUAAGUACUUGAUGAGUGUAGAUAGAUGCUACAACAUGACUGGAUUAAAUGCUUUGAAAUGAUCAAAGUGGUACGACGACUGUAUUUCAUUUUGGGUCUAUGCGAGUAAAACACAAAAAACAUUUUUUACAACACGUAGCUGCAUUUCAAUGUGUUAAAGAUGGCAAUUGUGUCUUCUAUCCCAGGCUCACACUAUGCUGUUGACACACACAUAAACCGUGCUUACCUCAGUCCUUUUUAGAUGCCAUUCAAAUGCAGAAUGCAUUAGGCAGUACUUUCUGAAAAGAUGUGAAGGCUUAUGGCUGUGUAUGGUUAUGAAAAUGGUCAUUUGUGCAUUGCAUAACACUAUACCACAGAAUGAUGAUCAUAUACAGAAAAUCUAAAUAAUUGGGUUUAGAGUAUGGGUGUAUUUAAUUACCUUACCCACUGUUCAAGGAAAAGUAAACCCCAACCUAAACCAUUAGCUGGUUUUGUACAUUGCACGUUUACGGCAUAUGUGUGUGACCACUGAUGUUGGUGAAGUGAGGAGAAAUCAGGGGGUUGUUGUUGGGUAAACCUACUUUUCAUGGAAAAUAGUACUUUGAGUGUUCUAGUAUGGAAAAUCCAGCUGCCUUCCUUUUGACUGUGACCUGGAUGACAAGGGUACUCCAACCAAUACUUCUGUGUUUUGGUAAGCUGCUUUUAGGGAUUCCACACCUCCUUUCCUACGAGGUUGUGGGGACUCCCUUCCCCCUUGUACAGGUCCCUUUUUGAUGU